CUGCUGGUGCUUUUUCGGAGUGGGGGGGCACGCGCGGCCUGCGGUUGUCAUGGAGCCCGACCCCAAGAGCGGCUACGUGCUGAGCAGCCUCGCCGAGGUGGUGGAGCGGAUCCUCGGCUUCCUGCCCACCAAGGCCCUCCUGCGGGCGGCCUGUGUGUGCCAGCUAUGGCGGGAAUGUUCCCGCAGAAUCCUGCGAACACAGCAGGGUAUCACCUGGGUCUCUGCCCUGGAGCCAGACCCAUCCAACAGUCACGUUCUGGUCCACGUGUUAGCAGAAGACAUUGAGAAAGUUCAAGUCCUCCCCCAGACAGUGUUAUAUAUGAUAUCAGAUGCAGAGACGUUCAGUGAAAACAGAGAGAUUUCUGGCAAUAGUCUGAAGAAAGCACGGCGAAGAUACAGUAAAGAAAUCGCGUCCGCCUUGGAAAAACUGCUCCCCGCACGAUGCCAGGUGCUUGGUCUUGCGACACCUGGAGUUGUAGUUACCCCCAAAGGCUCUGGCAGCCAUCGUCCCUUGGAGGUUGAAGAAGGAGAGGCCGGCUUCGCCCUGCUCUUCCCCAAAAUCGAUGGGGUGAAGAUUCAGACCUUCCAUUUUUUUAAAGACCCAAAGAGCCAAGGCAUCGACGAAGGACAGUUUGCGGAAGCAGGUCUUAAGAACAACCCCGACCUCAGAGCCGUGCUUCUCUUCGGAUACAACAGCUGGAAGACGGGAUCGCCACGAUUCUUCCGCCAAAUUGUCAAUCGCCUGAACGAAAAAAGCAUCAUCUUAGCGGGUGGAUAUGUAGACAGCAUUACGUCCCUGACUUGUCACACCCAGCCUGCCGAGUCGUGUGGCGUGGUCAGCCUGGCGUUCAGCGGUGCCCAGAUCCAGUGCGCCUCUGUCCUGCUGGACCAGGACGUGACGGACGAGAAGCUAGCCGAAGCGGCCAUGCGGCGCCUGAAGGCGGCCAACAUCCCUGAGCGCCACAGCCUGGCCUUCAUGUUCGCCUGCGUGGGCAGGGGGCGCCAGCAUUACCAGAACAAAGUGAACCUGGAGGCCGACACUUUCCGGAAGUUCUUCCCGGCCGUGCCGCUGUUCGGCUUCUUCGGGCACGGGGAGAUCGGCUGCGACCGCAUCGUGACGGGGAAUUUCGUCCUCCGGGAAUGUCGCGAGGCCAAGGACAACCUCCUGCACAGCUACACCACGGUGGUGAUGCUUCUGCACUUUGGUUCGGCUAAAGGCAAUCAAGCGUAAACAUCUCUCUCCUCUCUCUCUCUCUCUCUCUCUCUCUCUCUCUCUCUCUCUGUCUCUCUUUUCUCUUCUGCCACUGUGCAGUUGUCGCUAGGCUGCAACGAGUGGCGAGGAGCAGGCCAUUCUGGGCACGCCGUUCAGAGUCCCUCCCGAAACAAACAAGGAAAGCGGCCCCGUCGACUUUAGGCCUCCCCGAUGACGUGCUCUUAAAUUCGGGGAAGAAAAAGAUGAGUUUUUUAAUUCCCCGUUUUCUGAAGCAGAAAGUGCUUCGUAUCCAUACGGUUAGAUUUUUUUUUUUUACUUCAUUCUAGCAGUUGCAAAUGAUGGUGGUUUAAGCAUCACCGGUGCUUUCGUACUGGGGUGGGGGAAAAAAAAUAUCCUUUUUCCCCCCUUGCUGUUAGUGGAUUACAGAACAAGUCAGCCCAUGAACUAAGCCUGUCUUAAGCUAAGCCUGUUAUUGUUUGUCUCUGGCAGUGCAAAGUUUCAGGUCUGAACUGAGCUCUUUAAAUCAUCUGUUAAGGGGCAAAGGAGCCCAUGGAGGCCUAGUCAAAUUUGAAACCCCGUUUGCACUGAAUAUUCAUCGUCUUGGUCCAGAGAGGAUUAGAUGGUCUGGAUUCUUGGGCUUAUCUUGGUUAAAACACUGGAAGUUGGGACAUCUUGUUCACUAGCUAGUUUAUAUUUUAUAUAUAUAUUGUACUAGUUGCCUGCUUUUUAAUCGCUUUGGUUGUAGGAAAAUAUCCCUCGGGGUUCUUAAAUAUAUGGAGGAACCUCAAGAUUUGUCUGAUCUGGUUUGAAUUCUGCUGUUGAGCGUUUUAAAUAUGAAUUUUUGGGAUCUGGAACUGUCCAAACGACAACAGUCUGAAAGCAUACACUAAUAAGGUUUUCUUCCUGUGCAAAAAAAACAACAGCAACCCUUCAACUCGCAGCUUUUAUCAGUGUAGGAAAGACGAACGGCAGCAGAAUUAUAUGUCUGCAAGAUGUUAACUUGAUAUUCAGCUUUCUCUCUGACAUUAAAGCUACUGAAGAUAUUUAUGAUUUGGUUUAAUGUCCUAAGGUUAUACUGGGGAAGUCGGGCAAGUGUAAAAUAAGGUAACAGAGAAUUAAAUACGUGAUUUUUUUUCCCCCGUCUUAACUGCAAGUUAUAUUCUUUCUCUCUUCCUCCAAAAGCAGAGUGCCAAGAAUGUUUUGAGUAUUGUUAUUUUUUUCCUCUCCAAAAUGUGCUUGUCUUUUCCAUGAAAAAUUGAAAACCACGAUGCAAGGAAAUUCCAUUUUUCUUUGUGGAGACACCUGUCUGUAUGAUGCAUUUUGGGAGUCGUUGCAGACUUGACUGCUUUUAAUGCCCGGGAGAAACUGUGUUUGCUGGACUGGCUUUAAUGACUUUACUUCAUUACGCUAUUCGUGCUGUUUUUGAAUAUAUGAAGGAUGGUAAUCCAGCUUCAGGACCGAAUUCCUCACGUGGUUGAAGUCCUGGACUAACAUUGAGAGUCCCCGAUUAUCUUUCUUCUGGUUUGAUUUGGUCACGUUAAUGCAAUAACCCCCCCAAAUAUUAAACCUUAGGGAAAUAUUAGAGGCAGGGAUUUAAAAGAUUGGUUAGUCUACUAUAGGUUGCUGCAGGUUUAUGGGCCAAGUUUCAGGGUUCUUUUGCCAACGUGAUUCAUGAAGCCAGUAAUUCAAAAGUUUUAGGAAAGUCAUUUUUUUAAUAUAUUUAAAAUGUACAAAAUUGAAACCAGGCUUACAUCUCAGAAACAUCCCGUUCUGAAGCCACUUCUGAGAUGGUUUGCCGAUGAUGCAUGCUUGCCAGAUUGUUUUAGAAAUCAGACUUCAAUGGCCAGCGUGUUUAUUUUAAAGGGAACUUUCUCUGUUGAAAAGUUAGUGCUGUUUUAUGGAAGACAGUCUAAAGCGUAUAUUGAAAAUGUCUGUUAAAGUGGACAUUGACAUGUUCUGGUUGCUUGAAAAAGUGUCCUGAAUAGAAAUUGAUUCCAAAGAAUUUGGUAUAUGGUCAGUCAGUUUUCUGGGUAAAUUUACUGGGUAACGUAAAAAGCAAGUUCAGUUUUGGGAUUGUAAUGCAGAGGUGAGAUUGUGUUCCUCUAGAAAUAAAUCCAUUUACAGCCAAUAAUAGCUUCCCCCCCCGCCCCCUCAAUUCUGCGGGUCUGCGGUUGCAAUUUUCUCAAAUCAGAAGGCAUGCAAAAAUAAAUAAAUAACUUUAAGGAAAGGAGCCUACAGACCAAUUGAUGGCUUCAUGAGUAAGAACAAAUGAUUCGUGGAACUUUACAAAACUGUAUGUAGUUUUACGUUAAGUUUGUUGGAUUUUUUUUUCCCCUCCGCUUUCUUCUAGAACUCUUCCAACUCUUUUUCUGAAACAACUUUGCGAGUAGACUGGACUGAGAAUAAGUUACUCCCUGGACCAAGGUGACCCCCCAAACCUGAGUCUCCCCCAUCCUCGUCCUUAACUAUUACUCUACUCCGGCUUGGUCAGAUCUUAUUUCUUAAUUAGUUGUCCUUUACAACCAACUGAUAACACGCGGACCAACUUUAAACACAGAAUAUUUCGAGAGACCUCAGAUACGUGUUUGAAAAGGAUAAACUUUAUUUACAAAUGGAAAUGUUUCAAACAAAAAGGAGAAGAAAAAAAAAGGAAUACAGCGACUACAUCAUGACCCUAAAAAGGCGUGCCCGAUGUCACUGCUGUAAGUUGUGGAGACCUUUACAUAAUACAGCUCUUUAUUUUGUUCACCAAAGCUUGCUCCUGGCAUGGAAGAUCCGUUGGGAGGAUACUAAACCGUAGAGCUGAUUUCACCUUCAAUAAAAACGGAUGGAAGGGAUCGAACAGCUUUUCAAUACUACCUACUAAUGUUCGGAAAUACUUUAAAAGCAUUUUGUCUAUUUUAAUUACCGAGGAUGGAGUUGACUCUAAUGUCUCUCUCAGCAUCUUCACAUACCUCUGACCUCCUGAGUCUGGGAACAGUAAGAACAUAAGCGGUGCAUAUUUCUGCAUAGAUAUUUGGUCCUGUAAAUCAUGUUCUUCAUUCAAAGUAUCCAGGAACGCUGACACAGAUUCCUGAAAAUCACAGAAGACAGUGGCUUUAUUAGAAUUUUCUUUCAUUCUUUUUUUUUUUCAACGUCAAAAUUUUUGUAUUAUCUUUCCCAUCAUUUCUGUCAAGGCAGCUUGCAAAGGUAUUAAAGUAGCACACGGGUCUUGUACCCGCAGGAAUUAAUUAACCACAUCAAAAAUGAGGAACUGAACAUCCUCAGGAAUACAAUGAGCAAUUUUAACUCAUUCACCGGCUCACUGUAGGAAUCCGUUUUGAAGAUCUCAUUUAAUGAUUAGGUAUUGCUUUGUUCAGGGAGGGUGG